CACGAACCCGUGUCCCCUGCAUCGGCAGGCGGACUCUCAACCACUGCACCACCAGGGAAGCCCUAGACUGUGGUUUGAAAUCAAUUCUGUGUUAACAUGGUGGUAUAUAAAGGCUCUGAAAGGCAGUGGGUAAACAGAAGCAGGCACCAAGUUGUUCUAUCUUUAGUGCCUUCUCCAUUAACCUCCAGUGAUUUUUGUUUAAAUCAUGGUCAUCUCAAUAGAAUUUUAGUCCUUAUGUAGUUUAUCCUUAUUUUAGGUUUUAGUAAAAAUUAUUUGGAACAAGAAGGUGCUCAUAUUUUAAGAAGUAUAAGAAAAAACCAACCCUGACAUUACUAAGCGACUCAUUCUGCAUGUUACAACCACCACUGCCUUAAGUGUGUGGCUGUCUUAACUUUUCAGGAGUCAUUUUCAUUAUCUAACUGAUAGAGGUACAUGCAAACCUACAAAAUGUCUUUGUUUCCAUUUGACUUCUUUAGAUUCUCUAAAUUGCCAGGGAAUAGUUCUUAAUCAGUUUGAGGGCGAUAGUGAGUUAAUUUUGAAUUGCCUGAACUGUGAAACCUGGUUAUCUUGAGACAGCACAACUCUUGUUGCAGAGCUUGUGUUAUUCUGUUGGAACUAUAUCUUAAAUACCUUGGAAUAAGUAACCUUUUAAAACUGACUUUUGAGGGGAGGAGGCAGGGGCAUAAAAAAAAAAGGAAAAAUAUUGAGUUUUAUUUUACUUAUUGAGAAAGUUAAUAACAUUGGUGAAUAUAUCAUGGUCAAGGUUUUAUACACCAAAAUAAUUUUAGCCAUUGGCCAAUAACUCGGGAAUCAAGUAGAGGGCCUUUAUUAAGUAUCGGUUGCAGCCAGAAGUUGUAGGUCACUAAGGGACAUUAUUUGUUAAUUAUAAAACAGACCUCUACCCCUAACAUGGGGAAUAUCUCCAGAGUAAUGGCUGCCUUGAUCUUCUCUGAACACUGGACACUUGCUUCUUGCCAUUUUUCAGUCAGCUCAUGGACAGGAGAGUUGAAUAACUACUAACUUUGCUGGUGGGAGGAACUGCUGAAUGUUCAGCCCUCUCUGAGUCUCAUUCCUUUACUUUUGAGAUCUUUCAGACUAUCCUAAACAGUCACCAGAUGGGAGCUUUCUAUAACUCAGGUCUUGAUCAAGGCCUAGAAUGGUUGUCAGUUCUUAUACCUACCUCUUCUUAUACCUCAGGCUUCCCUUCAUUGAAGACUCUCCUUCCCUCCCCAAGAAACACACCAGUUUGUUAAUCUUUUUCUGCAAACAAGUCCUAUGUAUUUAUCUUCAACAGCAGUGGUGAAGGGCCUUGCAUCUGUUAUGCCCUGCUUGGCAGAGGUAAGCAGGACUGACGGUGGGCUCUAUUGCUUGUAAGGCUGAAUUGAUUCAGGUCUUCAGCUCCCCUCAGUGACUCCUGACUGGAUAUAUGUUCCUUCCUGCAGAGAGGAAGGCUUUGGCCUUGAUAAAGUCUUGACCUAGUAGGUCAAGUAACUGGGAGUUGGGCAGAGCUCCAGCGCACCAGUAAGCCCCAUUUUCCAGGCAAUGUACAAACCAGGGCUUUUUAGUGCAGAGGUUAACCCGAGUCCCUAGAUUCCCAGGCUGUGUAGGCAGUACACCAUGCUACUUACUAUGCGUGAGCAGCCCAUAAUAUGGUCAUUUCUUACCUUCGUUGGUCUCAGUAUAGAGAUGAUUAUGUAAACAGUACAUAAUCAUACCCAGCCUCUUGGACUGACUAGUCAGGCCCUGUAAUCCCCAAGGACACAGUCUGGUCACUGACAACCACAUACUGAUAAUGUCACAAGCGGUGCCCAGAUGCUAAAGUUACUCUAUGCAGCCCAGACCCUGGGCAUCCUCAGUUGCGCGCCCACGCACCUAGUCGCUCCAGACCUCCAACCCUCCGGGAUGCGGUACCCACAGUCGGGCGGUGUCCCUGCUUUCUUGGUCCCCAGCGGAUGAUGGCCGAGAGGCGGCUCGGGUUUCCCAGCCGGUGGGGUUAGGCCGCCGCACGCCGGAAGUGGCGGCUGGGGCGGGAGCGCCGAGGUGUCGGCGGGCGGGGCAGCAGCCAGGAGCUGGGGGUCGGUGCGUUGGUCAUGUUUCCCUUCGGGCCCGGUAGCCCCGGAGGGGACAGGGCGGCCGGAGCCGGGGCUGAGGAGCCGGCACCCCACGCGAGACAGGCUGCAGCUGCCGGGCCGCUCCCUUCUCCGCCCCCGUCGCUACAGCCGGGGGCUGACGCAGCCCCUCCCCCGUCGCCCUGCGGGAGCCCUCGCCGCCCCUGCGCCCCUUCGCAGCCCCAGACUGGGCGCGCGGGGGAGCUCCGGCCGCCCGGAGCUCUAAAGUCCUCAGCCGCUUCCGCCCAGGGAGAGCAGUCACCGCCCUCCCCGCCGCGCCGGCAACCCGGGCCUGACUGCAGGGCCGGGAACCGGGGCCGGCACUGCCUCAGCGCCCGCCUGGGCGGCCCUGGCGCCCAGCUGUUCGGGUGGCUGAGAGAGCGCAGCCUGGGCCGCGGGCUGUUCGUGGAUCCGGCACGAGACAAUUUCCGCACCAUGACUAACCUCUAUGGUUCCAUCCAUCCCGCGGACUCGGUGUACCUCAGCACCCGCACCCAUGGGGCCGUCUUCAACCUCGAGUACUCGCCCGACGGGUCAGUGCUGACAGUUGCUUGUGAACAGACUGAAGUUCUGCUUUUUGAUCCUAUAUCUUCAAAGCACAUAAAAACACUUUCUGAAGCUCAUGAAGACUGUGUAAAUAAUAUAAGAUUUCUUGAUAACCGGCUGUUUGCUACCUGCUCUGAUGACACUACAAUAGCACUAUGGGAUCUGAGAAAACUGAACAGCAAAGUAUGCACUUUACAUGGUCACACUAGCUGGGUGAAGAACAUCGAAUAUGAUACUAAUACAAGACUCUUAGUAACGUCAGGAUUUGAUGGAAAUGUCAUUAUUUGGGACACCAACAGGUGUACAGAAGAUGGGUGUCCACAUAAGAAAUUCUUUCACACACGUUUUCUCAUGCGAAUGAGAUUAACACCAGAUUGUUCCAAAAUGCUGAUCUCAACGUCCUCUGGAUAUCUCUUGAUUUUGCAUGAUCUUGACUUAACCAAGUCUUUAGAAGUAGGCAGCUAUCCCAUUCUGAGAGCAAGAAGAACAACAUCAAGUUCAGAUCUUACCACUUUGUCGAGUUCAUCCGGUCCUAGAGUUUCUGGUUCACCUUCUCAUCAUAGUGAUUCUAAUUCAUCUUCUGAGAAACACAUGUCACGAGCCUCACAAAGAGAAGGAAUUUCACCACGAAACAGUCUUGAAGUCUUAACCCCUGAAGUUCCUGGUGAGAGAGACCGUGGAAAUUGCAUCACAUCGUUACAGCUGCACCCAAAAGGCUGGGCCACUCUUCUUCGGUGCUCAAGCAACACUGAUGAUCAGGAGUGGACUUGUGUCUAUGAAUUCCAAGAAGGAGCCCCCGUGCGACCAGUCUCACCUCGCUGUUCUCUACGACUGACUCAUUACAUUGAAGAAGCCAACGUAGGCAGGGGUUAUAUCAAAGAACUUUGCUUCAGCCCUGAUGGGCGAAUGAUUUCUUCCCCACAUGGCUACGGGAUUCGCUUGUUGGGAUUUGACAAACAGUGCAGUGAACUUAUUGACUGUUUGCCCAAAGAAGCCAGUCCCCUGCGGGUGAUCCGUUCUCUGUACUCUCAUAAUGAUGUGGUACUGACGACAAAGUUUUCUCCAACACAUUGUCAGAUCGCCUCCGGGUGCCUUAGUGGACGGGUUUCUUUGUAUCAGCCAAAGUUUUAGGCACAACUUACAUCAAAUAAGGAACUCUUCUGGUGUUUGAAUUAUAUAUUACUUCAAUUUAGGUGAAGUAUUUUCUUUUUAGAAGAUCUUAAAAGUUUGGGUCAAGAUCCUAGUUCUUAUGGGUCCAUGAACACACCUGUGACCUGAGUACUUGGUCGUCCAGCAUCACAGGGGCAUCGCCAAGUUAGACUCCAGGCAGCACCAUCUUUUGCAGCAUUCCUAGGCUCCUGCUGAUCUGUGCCACUGAACUCCAGUUCUGCUGGUUGUUUUGCAUGGUAGCUCUUGUCAAGUUUCUUUCUUUUAAUUCUCUUUUCUGUUUUUUGAUUUUGGUGUAAUUUUGUGGACAUUUGGCAGGAGUUUUGGUUGGAUUAGGAGAAACUCGUGAUGCUAGUGUUGAAUAAAACCUAGAAGUUUGAUGUUGGCAUACUGGUUGAAAAGAAAUUUCAUCUUAUCAGUAUACUUGGCCUUUUAAAGUUGCUGUUGUUUCUCUAUAAUGAGCACAGAUAAUGGCAUUAUUCUUACAACUGUUAUAGUUUUGCAGCAAAAUGUCUUUUAAGUUUCCUGUUAAAAUUAUACAUAUUUUUCACUGUGAGAGGGAUUUUGUUGUGAAAUUCUAGGAAAAAAAUUACCACCUCUCUUUGUAGUUUAUUUGUAUGAAUUUUUAAAUCUGUAGCAUGUGUCCUUGGUAUUUUGUUCCUGUCAACAGCAUUAGAAAGGAAAAGAGGAGAAGGAAUGGGCUUUGGUCAUUUCUAUUGUAUAGAAGAGGAUUUAUUUAUUAGAUUAUACUUUCUACCUGGCCACAGAGUGACGAGAACAAUGCGGCUUAGAUUUUCUGUUUCCUCUGCCAGAUUAUUUGAAUCACAGAGGAUAACAGGUGGAGGGAAAAUCGAGAGUAAAGACGUUGUGUUUUUCUCAUCUUCCUUGAGCUUAACUCUCUUACCAUUUAUGAAGGGAGAACUGUGAUUGUCUUCAAGCUGUUGUCAUAACUGUGGUGGUCCGUGACUUGGGUGUCAUGACUAAGACCUUUUGUUGUGUUUUGUUAUGGAAUACAGCAAGUAAAAAGCAUCACGCAGGGGCCAGGCAUAAGGCUGACUACUCUGCUGAAGUAAGCAGCUUUUUUCUAGUCUCCUCCACUUUGAAUGGGACUGUCCUGAGAAGAGAUUUGCCAGAGGCUGGAGUAAUUUGAGCCACAUGCUAGCUUUUUCCCUCUUAGAACACAUUCUCUUAGGCCAGUGGUUCUCAAACAUUAGGGUGCAUUAUACUCACUGGGGAGCUUGUGAAAAAUAGAGAAACCUGGCCCUCACCUUAGGAGGUUCUGAUUCAGCCAGGGAGAGGACAGGAAUCUGUAUUUUUAACACGAACCCCAAGUAAUCUGUAUUCAGGUGGUUCCUGGAUCACAGCUUCAAAUAUUACUACCUUAAACAUCAGUAAAUAUUUCUGUACCCAUCAGGUGCUUAACACAACUCCCAGAAGGUGUUUUGAUUAUUAAAAAAAUAAGCAAAUAAAAGCAAUUUUAGAGGUAGAAAGUAACUUAAAAUGGACUCAAUCUCGUUAUUAGAUGAAUGAGAGAAGUUAAGUGACUUGCCUAAAGUCAUCCUGCAAAAUUAGUGGCAGAGUCAGGACUUGAAUUCAAGUCUCUUAAUUCCUUGCUCAGGGCAAUUUCUACCGUAUUAUGCUGGCUGUUAAAACAAUGACUUAUGAACACUUUUUUUGUCUUUAAGUUGUAUUAUUGUGAAUACUUUUAAACUGGCCAGUAGAUUGAAAAAGGAAGGCAUGGGAGUAUCAAUGCUGAGAAUUCCAGCCAUAAGAAGAAAAGUGUUUUAAAUCUUAUAGAAAUGUUUAAGCAACCCAAAUACAUGAAUAAAAAUGACACUUUUUGUAGAACCUGCCAGACAGCCAUUCACAAACGUACAGAGGUUACAUCUCACUUGGAUAAUGUUGGCUGUAGGACAAAUUUUAAAAAUUAGAUCUUUCUUACCAUGGAUGUUAAAAAAAAAUUGGAAAUGUUUUAGUCAUCAAAAAAAGUACCCACAGUGAAAACACAGGUUUGCCAUAAACUUUCUUAAAAACACAUAUUUAAGAGAAAAUAAAGAGACAAAAACACCUAAUGUUGACAUUAAAAAUAAGCUACUGGGCUUCCCUGGUGGUGCAGUGGUUGAGAGUCCGCCUGCCGAUGCAGGGGACAUGGGUUUGUGCCCCGGUCCGGGAAGAUCCCACAUGCUGCAGAGCAGCUGUGAGCCAUGGCCGCUGAG